UUUCCGGAUCGAUGAGAAGGGCCUUGUGGGUAAUUCCCACUUUUUUGGAGAAGACGCCAUCUUGGUAUUUUCUGGACGUGCGGGGCGUGCUAGCAGCUACAACAAUGGCAGCGGUAGAUAGCCAAAAUUACGAGAAUCAAAUAUCCGAAUCCAAAUCAGAACACAGAGAACGGGACAGGGACCGCGACCGAGACAGGGGCCGUAAGCGUCGUUCACGGAGUAGGAGCAGAUCGGGCUCGCCCCGUGGUGGUCGUGGUGGAGGCGAUCGCAGGAGACGUGGAGGCAGAAGUAGAUCCCGUAGUGGCAGCAGGGACAGGGGGCGGCGGAGAAGGGUGAUCGGUGGCUUGGAUGAUGACAAAGCUCCAAUCCUUCCUGCAGGUCGCUCCCCCCGGCGAUCCAGGCGCCGUAAGCCGUACCAGUACUGGGACGUCCCCCCGCCAGGCUUCGAGAACAUCACUCCUAUGCAGUACAAAGCCAUGCAAGCCGCUGGCCAGGUCCCAUUGCUCGCCAGUGCUGGAGGUGCGGCGUCAAUGCCAUCCAUGCUGGCAGCUAGUGCUUCAGAAAUGACGAGGGUAGGCAACAUAGCAUCAGAUAUGCCGGGGUUGGGCAACAUGGCAUCAGCAGCUACCGGCUCCAUCCCGAGCGCAGCGUUGUUGGCUAACGCAGGCACCGCCAUGCCGAUUGGCAGCCAGAUGACCAGGCAAGCCCGCCGGCUGUACGUGGGCAACAUUCCUUUCGGUGUCACCGAGGAGGCUAUGAUAGACUUCUUCAACACCCAGAUGCACCGUGCCAGCCUGGCUCAGGCCCCUGGUAACCCUGUCCUCGCCUGUCAGGUCAACCUGGACAAGAACUUCGCUUUCCUGGAGUUCCGAUCAGUGGACGAAACGACCUUGGCCAUGGCAUUUGAUGGCAUCAUCUUCCAAGGUCAGUCCCUGAAGCUCCGCCGUCCCCAUGACUACCAACCUGUGCCCGGCAUGGCUGAGAACCCGGACAUCCACGUGCCAGGUGAGUUGAUAGGUGGGUUCCCCGUUAUUCCAGGCGUGGUGUCGACAGUGGUGCAGGACUCCCCGCAUAAGAUCUUCAUCGGUGGACUUCCCAACUACCUAAACGACGACCAGGUCAAGGAACUUCUCCUGUCGUUCGGCCAACUCAAAGCCUUCAACCUGGUUAAGGACAGCUCCACUGCACUGUCGAAGGGGUACGCCUUCUGUGAAUAUGUCGAUCCCAACGUCACAGACCAGGCUAUAGCAGGACUGAAUGGAAUGCAGCUUGGAGACAAGAAGCUGAUUGUCCAGAGGGCCAGCGUUGGAGCCAAGAAUGCACAGAAUCAACCCGUCCAGCUCCAGAUCCCGGGCCUGACUCUGACCGGCAACGCAGGACCCCCCACGGAGGUGCUGUGUCUCAUGAACAUGGUCAUGCCAGAAGAACUCAUGGAUGAGGAGGAAUAUGAAGAUAUUCUUGAGGACGUGCGAGAGGAAUGCGGGAAAUACGGUGCAGUGUUGAGUGUGGAGAUCCCCAGGCCCAUCGAGGGAGUGGACGUCCCUGGCUGUGGCAAGAUCUACGUGGAAUUCAGGUCCAUCAUGGACUGUCAGAAGGCGCAGCAGGCGCUGACCGGCCGCAAGUUCGCCCAGCGUAUCGUCGUCACGUCGUACUACGACCCCGACAAGUAUCACAGACGAGAUUUCCAGUAGAACUCCAUCAGCAAGUUUUCUUUUCUUCCCCACACAGCAGCGAUAGACUUUAUAGAACCACCUAAUGAUAAUGGACUAGAUCUGAUUGUUCAUCUUCCCUUGCUGUUCAUACUAGCCUCAUUUUUUGCUAAUUAAUCCCUGUAGCCUUCAUUGGUAACUGCGUUUUGGAGUGUAAUAGGAAUUGAAAUGAUCAAGUAUAUCCCUAGGAACUUCAUGCUGCUUUUUGAGUACAUUUUUGUUACUUCCAGUGUUUGAGCACUGUAUAUAGUCAGAUCACGUGUGGUCAUUGGUAGUUUUAAAGACACUCUUUUCCAUCAUCCAGUGGUGUUGUAAACCAUACUUACUUUGAAACAACUGGACAUUUUGACUGGGGCCACAAAAGUGAUUUAAACCAAAAGGUGAUUUAAAGACGUGUUGAAAAUAUUCAGUAUACAUCGUGUUGAGAUUUGGUGGGGGGAGGGGGAAGGGAUGUUACAGACAGUGGAGUAAGAACAGUCACUGUAUUGUUGUCUGUUGUUUAUCAUGAACCAUUUAAGUUUUACAGUUUUAGUGUCCUUUUUGUAACACUUUGCAGACAGUUUAAAUAGCCCUUGUUGGAAAGUGAACAUGAGCUAUCAUGUGGUACUGCUUUGUCACAUCACUGGAGACUGAAACGUAAUGUGAAAAGUUCAGUGCAGCUUUUAUUGUGGCAUGUUAUGUACAUGCUUAGUUGUGUCAUGCGACAGCAUUGAAUACAAUGAGUCUUUGUAACAGGAAGGUAAAUAAACAGUGACUUGACAAG